AUGGAAGAUUUACAAGCAAAUCAACAACAGAUGGUUUCUGGUAUGGAGCAGCUGCUCAGCAACUUCAAAAAGGACGGCGCCGACCGUAGGACUGCUGCUCAUAUCAAAAAACGACUGGAGACUUUGGAUACUUACUGGCAGGAAUUUCACAACCUUCACCUCCAGGUACGUGAGUUGUGUGAUGAAAACCAUUCCUACAUUGUACAGAAUCAAUACGGACAAGUUCUUGAUUUUUAUACAAAAACAAAAGACUACAUACAAAGUUUCUUACCAACUGAAGACAAAUCAAGACCCUCUACUCCGAUCAUAAAACCAUCAAAUUUCAACCCCCCGCCAUCAACGUCGUCAGCAACACCGCUACAGGUGGACCGCAGUAUUAACAGCAAGUUGGAUGAGAUGUUGCGUAAGCAAAGUAGCAAUUUUAGAGCUUUUAAGCGAACGUUAGCAAACAUUGACUUGGAUUUGUUAACCGAUAACUGGGAAUCAGAAGAUGCUCUGAAGACCUUGAGUGUUAGAUGGAACCGUAUCGACUCCCUUCAUUGGGAGCUCGACAGCGAGCUGGAGGGUACUAACGUAGCAUACGAACAAGAAUUUUCCGUCCAUGAGAGAAGCUUUAGUGACAUAAAGAAGGCAAUCAACAAGAAAAUAUGGUCAACAGCUCAUCAGGAACAAUUUACACCAAAGCUUGAUAUUCCUAUCUUCAACGGGAAUUAUCACCAAUGGGUUCCGUUCAAAGAUCUAUUUACGGAAUGCAUUCAUAACAAUCGCUCCCUUUCCAGUGCUCAAAAAAUGCAGUUUUUAAAGAGCAAGGUCAGGGGAGAGGCGGAGCGGCUGAUACAACACCUACAGAUCAGCUCGGAUAAUUAUAUUAUCUGUUGGGACAUUUUAAACAACCGAUACAAUAACCCGAAACUUAUAUUCACUUCUCACAUGAACAUAUUAAUGAGUUUGCCAGUUCCCCAUCAAGCAUCAGUGACCAACAUCAAGAAAAUUCACGACACUACGCAGGAAUGCUUAAAUGCAAUAAAAAACCUAGGAAUUGACAUAAGCACCUGGGAUCCGAUUAUUGUUUACCUGUUGACUCAAAAACUCGAUAACGAAACUCAUCAUGAUUAUGUUCAAUCUUUGAAAUGUCCCCGGGAACUGCCAAAAUUACAAGAAUUUCUCAAGUUUUUGGAACAAACAUUUACGUCGAUGGAGUCUGGACGUAGAAAACAAGACAACACUCAUCAAAAAUCACACAUUCCAAGUAAUCAAAAUCAGUAUCCGAAAACUUCGAAAUCGAAUUAUUUCAAACAAUCAUACGCCAGUAAUCGAGUAACAACCCAGCAUCCAUCCAACAUCUCGUCAAGGGGUUCUGCGUCACCUAACUUAUAA